UUAUGGAAGUUGUUAUGCACAAAUUGGUGUAAUUUAAGCGUUGUCUAAAUUAUGAGGCGACGAAAGUGACUAACAAAGAACAUCUUCACUGAACUCAAGCAGAAACACAUGAUUUUUAUUCAUCAUGGAUCAGAAAAAUUUCGCAUUUAGAUAUCCUCCGCCGCCACCUCCGAAUUAUAUACCAAAUAUCAAUCCUCCGCUUCCUACGGAAAAUCCACCGGUUGUACAACCACCGCCUCCACCUCCUCCAACAACCAUUCAGAGCUGGACUAGUUGGUCGGUAGACUUUUCUCGUCCACCACCACCUGUUUUUAAUGGCUUGACUACAGGAAAUGUAACAAAUACAUUGAACCUAGGGUAUGUGAGAAAUAGCACAGUUUCUUCUCCGAGUAUGAGUCCAGCAUCCAGUACAGAUAGCUCGAGUUAUUAUGGAAGCAGUUCUAUUGAUAAUGUGCAGUAUCUAGGGAACGAUAACAGGCAAUUUCGAAGAUAUAAAUCAGAUCAAUAUACUAGUAAUCAAGGCUGGUCACAGUCCCAAAAAAGUAGCUUCAAAAGGCCAAGAUAUGAUGGCCGAAUGGAUCAGAGAAAUGAAACUUACGAUAAUUUGAACAAAUAUAAUGAUAUGUAUGCUCGGAACCCUUCCAGUGUAGAUUCUAGGUACUCAAGGGAUCCAAAUGCUGAAUUGAAAAAUAACAAAAAUAUAGAAGAAGGUCAGAGAUCGAGGAAGAGGAAAAAACCUUUAUCACAGUCUGUUCCUGCUAAAAGAGCAUGGACGGAUGAGGAAGCACAAAUGGCUAUCAAUGUUGAGAGAGAUUACAAUAAACUUUUCAAAAAUCAUUCUCUGAAAAUAAAAUUCCCAGAUCAAGAACUCAACAGAGACAUUGUUUCAAAGUUUCACCCCUCAAUAGAAACUGUUUAUUUUCAGCAGCCAUCGAAUCCAAGGUUUUGUUUCGUAACUCUUACAGAAGGUGCAAAUCCUACCAAGGUUAUAGAACAACUCAACAAAAUUGAGUUUGGCCAAGGAUACUUAUCUGCUGAAUACAAAAAAGAUAGGGAAGACGAACAGAAUGUUGGCCCUGAAGAUAUAGAUCCGUUAACUUUAUAUGUCGGUAACUUAGCACAAGAAGUAACAAAAGAAGAUAUGGUGACGUUUUUCCCUAAGAAUAAGCGAAUUGAUAUUGGUUUUGCCAAAAAAAUGAGAUAUACAAGGUAUGCAUUUGUUUCAUUCAAGAAUGUACAAGACUCAAUAGAAGCCUUCAAAACCACCCAUUAUGCUGACCUCCACUCCAAAAGUAUGAUAGUUAGAUUUAGAAGACUGCAUGGUACGGUUGGCAUGCCUGGAGAAGCCAAAGGUCAUCACUCCUCGAAAGAAACCCAAGUGGAAAAAAAGAAAGAAGAAGACUUGUCCAGUGAAAAAGUGUCCACAGAUUAUUCAGAGAGCUCUCAACAUACUGAACAUGAAGAAUGUGAUACAUACAGUCCCUCUACCAGUUAUGAUCCACGUAGUUCGUCACCAAGUCAUUCCCCCAAUCCCAUUAAUUGCGAUCAAAGAACUACCAGUGAUUGUUCAGAAUUUUCCAAUUUCGAUCCUAGUUUAGUGAAAAGUGAACCAUACGAUUACAGUUACGAAGAAUUUGAGGACUGCCAAGUUGAGAAAACCGAAGAGCAAUUCAACCCCGAUCUGCAGAAUACUCCUGAAGAAACCAAAGUACCUGAUCAAACUUCUAAGCCAUCCGUAGAAACCACUGAAACCCAAGACGUGCCCUUAGAGGCAGUUGUUAAAAAAGAACCGGAAUUCAUUACCCAAUUUUUACCCGAACCCUCUGAGUCUAUGUUCCCUAUUAGGCCGAUUCCAUUGAAAGAAGAACCAAUUGAAAAUAAUGACGAGCCGGACACUGCUACUUCCAAUCAAGGAUCCAGUGAAGAGCUGAAAGUAUCCAAUGGUCUGAAGGAGCCAAAAGUUGAAGUUGAAAACGAGAAUUCAGAACCUGUUGAUCCUGAUGAUAACGAGGAAGAAUUUAACACUACAACUGACUUUGGAUCAGUCUUAGAUAACCUCAAGAGAAGGCCUUUUUUGCCAUGAAGUUGACCGACAAUAGUUGGGAUAACAUACAAACAGUAAGAUUGAAUACCAAAAUCGAAUUUAAUAUCAGUAUAAUUACUCAAACUUUGCAUUUCUCAAUAGUUUUAUCAUCUAUUGAUUGCAAAACUUAUUCUGUAAAGGCCCGCAGUCAUAAAAGAUGUUAAAUAGACAUUGGUUCAGGAGAUAAAGGAAAUAUUCUUGAAUUUCACUUUUUAAUUCAAUUGGGAUGGAUAUAUGUUAUUAUAGGAAUGUGUAAGUGAUGAAUAUGUGAUGUUUGUAUAUAUUAUUCAUGUCAUAAAAUCUUUCUUUUUAUUUAUUUUCUUGAUGUACCCAUUUCGUUCUUGGUAGGAUGAUCAUUUCUUUCUGUUCACUAUUCACACAGUAAAGUUGUAAAAAUUGUCUCUCUUCAAUUCUGCUGAAAUUAUAUUGGACAUUGAACUUUUAAGUAUUCAUUGGUAGUUAGGAUUUGUGAUGCAUUUUUUUGUAAAUAAAUUUUCUAUUCCAA